UUUGGGGGGUGCUAGGGGACUGAGGUCAGGAAGUGAGUCAGAUUAUAGGGGAGGCUCAGGAGGAUCUGCAGAAAUGGGGUCAGAAGGUGAGGUGGGCUACAGAGAUGGUUCAGGGAAAUUCAGAGUAACAGACACACAGGCUGGAGUGGGAUAUGAAGGUGGACCCAGCAGCCAAGAAGCCAUAGAGCAUGGGUCAAGAUACUGGACGGCAUCAGAGAGGUCUGAUGGUAGCACAAGCUCCAAGGAUGGUUCAGAGAGGGGCAGAGGAAUGGGGUUUGUGAAAGGAGCAUGUCCUGGAGUGGGUUUUAGGAUGGCUGGAAUGCCAGGCACUGCAGAUGGCACAGCAUGCAGGGACGGCCCCUGGGGCCCAGAGAUGCGGGGGAUUCAAGGUGAGCCACGGAUUCUUUCAGACGGGCAAGGCUCCAAGAAUGAUCUCGGGGGCUCUGGAACCUCAGGGGUUCCUGAGGUGCUGGGAGCCUUUGGCUCUAUGGGAAAAUCAGGUGUCAGAGAGUGGCAAGAUGCUGCUAGGAACCCAGGAUCCCCUGGGGACAGAGAGGCUCCCAGUAGGGAGGGCAGGUCUGCAGACCAAGCAGGGGGUAUGAGGGCUUCUGGGUUUCUUGAUGGUCAGGGGGCAGUGGAGAGCGAGACCUGGGCAGGGGCAGCUGCUCUUGGAUCUGGAAAUGAGCAGGACUUCUGGAAAGCAGGGCCAGGGACAGCAGAUAGGGGUAGAGCAGCUGGCCUGGGAGGACUGGCACCUCAGGCAGGUGGGGACUCACCGCUGGGAGGCAGAAGGAUGGGAGCAACAUGCGGGCACUCAGUGGGCACAGGCCAGGUUCUGGACAAUAGCCGGAUGCCUGGGGAAAGGGGCGAAUCAACGUCAGGUUCUGCUGAUGGACAAGGGGUAAGCCACACUGGGAUCCCAGGCAGGGAAGACCAAGGGUUUGGCCAAGGAAGCAUAGGUACUGGGAAUCAGUCCCCAGGCUCCAGAGCUUCCAGAUCUCUGCAAGACAAAGAUGCCACUUUCAGGGGGACCCAUGAAGGGCCAGAGGGCUCCAGGGGCAGGAAGGGUGCUCUAGGCCAAGGAGGGUCUGGUGGGUGUCAAGAUCCAUGGCUCCUGGAUAGCAAAGGUUCAGGUCCUGAAAGGGGCAAGUCUACCAGCUCAGGGGACUCAGGCAUCUUGGAUAAGGGGAAUUCCACUGAUAGGGAGAAUGGCCUCACCCAAAACCCUGGGGAUUUAGGGCCUCAGGGAGCCUGGAAUGGUCUAGAUGGUCCAUUGGUCAGAAAAGACUCUAUGGACAGAUCUGGGGGCAUCCAGGGCCUGGGCUUUCAGCUAGACAAAGGACAAAGAGGAGAAAGAGGGUCCCUGGGGUAUCAGGGGUCCCUGGGGGCUGAGAAUGACAAAGCCCAAGGUCCAGGGGCCCUAAAGGAGUAUGAGGGAUGGGGAGCAGAAGAGUCUGGAGGGUCAGACAGAAGGCCUGGCCAGCUCAGGAGCAGGUCUCAAAGACAGUCAGGGGUGGAGCCUGGAACAGCAAAGAGAAGGGGAGCAGAUGAGGCCAGAGGCUCAGGGCAGCCACUGGGAGGAGAGGACAAAGAGAGCCCGGGGGUGACUCGGCACGAAGACCAGAGCUGGGAGCCCCCAAGUCACCUUGGCAGCUGGAGAGGUGACCUGGAGGGCAGGUCAGACAUCUACGGCCAGGGGAGGGAUGCCACCCAGAGUCCCAGAUCCAGAUACAAGCCUGGCACUGGCGGUUUCUCCAAGGAGGCCCAAGGCCCCCAGGGCCACUUCUCCCAGGGCCUGGCUGACACGGAAGUGCAGCAGGGAGAGGAUGCCAUGCUUUCCUGUACCCUCACCCACGACCUGGGCCCGGGUGCCUGGUUUAAAGAUGGAGUCAAGCUCAGCACCCAGGAUGGAGUCGUCUUUGAGCAAGACGGUCUCGUGCACAGUCUCCUCAUUGCCCAUGUGCAAGGGACCCAGGCUGGGAGGUACACCUUUGUAGCCGGCAACCAGCGGAGCGAGGCCACCCUGAGUGUCCACGAUCGCCCCGUCAUCGCUCCUGAUGUCACAGAGAAACUGAGAGAGCCGCUGGUGGUCAAGGGUGGGAAGCCGGUGACAGUGAAGAUCCCCUUCCAGAGCCACCUCCCAUUUCAGGCUGCCUGGAAAAAGGACGGAGCCGAAGUCGUGGGUGGCAGCAGCCCCCAGGGAGCACAGGUGGCCCUGGGGGACGGCUUCGCUCGGCUGUGCCUCCCUAGCGCUGGCAGGAAGGAUGGUGGCCGGGACUGCGUGACACUGAGGAGCGAGGGCGGCUCUGUGCAGGCUGAGCUCACCCUGCAAGUUAUAGACAAGCCCCAGCCCCCACAAGGUCCCCUGGAGGUACAGGAUCGCCAGGGGGCUGGGGUUUGCCUCCACUGGCGGCCCCCAAAGGACAGCGGGGGCCGGCCCGUGGAGCACUACGUGGUGGAGCGGCGGCAAGCUGGCCGGAGCACUUGGCUGAAGGUGGGCGAGCCCCCCGCAGACAGCACGGCCUUCACCGAUGCCCACGUGGAGCAGGGCAGGAAAUACACCUUCCGAGUGCGGGCUGUGACCUCUGAGGGGGCUGGGGAGGCCCUGGAGUCCACAGAGGUGCUGGUGGCUCCUGAGGCUCUCCCUGGGCCCCCUUCAAGCCCAGCCAUCCAGUCGGCCUCCAGCCAGGGCAUCACGCUGAUGUGGACGGCACCUCGGGGCCCUGGCAGUGCCCACAUCCUGGGCUACCUGAUCGAGAAGCGCAAGAAGGGGAGCAACACCUGGACAGCAGUGAAUGCCCAGCCUGUGCCUGAGAGGAGGUGGACCGUGGCGGAUGUGCGGCAGGGCUGUCAGUAUGAAUUUCGGGUCACGGCUGUGUCUCCCUCUGGUCCCGGAGAGCCUGGGCCCCCAUCGGAUGCCGUCUUUGCUCGGGACCCCAUGAGACCCCCUGGGCCCGUGCGGGACCUCCAAGUCAUAGACACGUCGCAGACCAGCAUCACCUUGAGCUGGGCGCAGCCGGAUGCACAGGAUGGGGACACAGCCCAGGGAUAUGUGGUGGAGCUGCGCGGCUCAGACAGUCUGCAGUGGAGUCCCUGCCACGAGGGCACCGUGCCAGUCACCAGCUUCACAGCCAGAGGGCUUCGGCCCCAAGAGAGCUACUUCGUGAGGGUGACAGCAGUUAACGAUGGGGGCCUUGGCCAGCCCACUGCCCUGGACACGUUAGUGCAAGUCAUGCCAGUUGCCGUCCGUCCCAAGUUCCUUAUGGACUCCAGCACAAGGGACUCGCUGAUGGUCAGAGCUGGGGACACCAUUCGUGUGCCUGUCUCCUUUGAAGCUGUCCCCAUGCCUGAGGUGACCUGGCUGAAGGACGGCUUGCCCUUGCUUAAAAGUAAUGUGACCUCCACCAAGGAUGGCCUCACCCAGCUUCUGAUUCCUGUGGCCAGCUUCUCAGACAGUGGCCUCUACACUGUGGUGCUGAGGAACCUGCAGGGCGGGGAGGCUGCCUACCGCUUCUCCCUCAGGGUGGCAGCAUGCCCGAAGGCGCCCGGGCCCAUCCAUCUGCAGGAGAACGUGCCCGGGACAGUGACGGCCGAGUGGGAACCUUCUCCAGAUGAGGCUGGGGUUGUCCCCCUGUACUACGAGGUGCUGACGCGCUCCUCAGCGCACGGGCCCUGGCGCCAGGCGGCCGACCACGUGCACACCAACCACUUCACCCUCCUGGGAGUGCUCCCUGGCCACGAGUACCACUUCCGGGUGGUGGCCAAGAACGAGCUGGGGGCCAGCCUGCCCUCAGACACCAGCCAGCCCUGGUGCAUCCCCCGGCAGCGAGACAGGUUCCCAGUGAGGCGUCCAAGCUACCGGGAGCCCAACCUGAGCCAGAAGCCCCGGUUCCUGGUGGGCCUGCGGACCCACCUGCUGCCGCAGGGCUGUGAGUGCUGCAUGAGCUGUGCCGUGCAUGGCUGGCCGCGGCCCCACGUCACCUGGUUCAAGGACGGCCGGAGCCUGGCGGGAAACCCCGCGGUGUACAGCACCGAUGUGCUGGGCGUGUGCUCCCUCAUCAUCCCCAGCGUCUCCCCCAAGGACAGCGGCCGGUACAAGGCCGUGGCGGAGAACGCGCUGGGCCAGGCCGUCAGCACGGCCACCCUCAUUGUCACAGAAUCUAGCUCCUAGCCCCGCCUCACCCCGGGAUGGCCCUGUCUGGCUCCACAGCCAUGGGAUGAUGACAGAUCCUCAAAACUUCGCUCUUGACACCAACACUGACCCAGAGAGCCGGUCCUGAAGGAUGGAGGACACUGGUCAUGCCCAGAGCCCCAGGGAGGCAGGAGUGAGGAGCAGGAGGGCAUGGAGUCCUUUGGGGAAGAAAAAGAAGAGAGGAGGACAUUCAGCCUCUCCACCCCAAGCCAAGUCCCUGAACAUGACCAUGAACCUCCUCCACUCUCUCCACGGGGGCUUCUUUCUUCUCCACUUCUUCUGGGAGAUCGGGAGAUCCGGACAGAACCUGUCUGCAAGAGGGAGGCCAACUCCUUGUUUUCCGGAAGCGGAUUCCUGGAGGGAGAGCAGGAAGAGCUGGGCCUGCUGUGAGCACACGAGGGAGGAAUGAGGAGGUCAGAGGACCUGAGUGAGGGCCAGGGCAUCCAGGGCAUGUGUGGAGGGGGGCUUUCUGUACUUUUCAUCAUUAAAACGUUAGGCUGACACAAACCUGUCAUUUGCAAG